AUGGCGUCUCUCGGAUUGAUGUUUACUUACCCCGGAAACCCUCGGGCAAUGAAGGUUCAAGCAGUGGCGGCACUGAACGGUCGAACUCUUGAGAUUGCACCAGACUUCGUUAUGGGCAAGACCAACAAAUCUGCUGAAUUUCUUUCUGAUUUCCCGCUGGGUAAAGUUCCAGUUUUCAAGAGCACGAAGGGCCUCAAACUUUUUGAGUCCGGCGCGAUUUCUCAGUUCGUGGCUGAAAGCGGACCGGCAAGUGGCCAGUUGCUAGGAAAUACUGCCGAAGAGCGUGCCCUUAUCAGGCAGUGGAUUGAUUUCGCUGACAAUGAGCUGUUCGGGCCAAUCACGCCCUUGAUUCUUUGGCGGUACGGCAUGGGUGCCUACAAUGAAGACCAGGAGAAAUCGUCACUUGAGCGUCUGAAUAUUUCUCUAGAUGCGUUAGAGAAGCAUUUGGGUGGUCGCCAAUAUAUGGCAACAAACCAGCUGAGUUUGGCUGACCUUUCUGUUGCUGCGGGGCUAUACUGGGGAUUUGCGCAGGUCAUUGACAGAGAGAUGUCUUCAAAGUACCCCUUGACUUCAGAGUGGUAUUUGCGGAUCGUUGAAAAUGAUCUGGUUAAACCUGUUUUUGGCGAACACAAGCCUCUUGAAGUCCGCAAAAGCCAUCCAUGA